AUGGCGGCAAUUGUUGUAUUGAGCGGCCAGGUUCGAAAGCAUCCCAAUGAUCUCAAGUCUAAUGGAUUUUAUCCAAAUCAACAACCCCAUGUUAUUGAGAAAACAGCUGCAUCCGAAGUGUGUUUAUCAGUUUCUAACAACGAAAAGAAGGAGGGAGAACGAGAAAGUGAGAAAUCUAAAGAUGAAGUUGAUGUUAUUAGUAGUCGGCUAGAAGAGAUUUUAUUUGUCUCCCAAGAACCCAAAUUGUUAUCAGAAGAACAGCUGAGAGUUAAUGGUCGGUUGCAGGAAGAGGAGAUACAAGCAAUGGAGGCUAUAUAUGGUGAAAAUUUCAUUGUACUUGAUAGACAAGAUGGCUUACGGUCAUUCCAGAUAUAUAUACAUAUUGAUGUUCCCAGUGAACUUAUAGUGUAUACUAAGAUUGGCUCAUGUGAUGGAGAAGUCGAAUUUAGCAAAUUAGGCAGUGAAACAAUCGCAACACCUGUUAAUUCCAACGAAUCAUUCAAAGUUCAGUAUCUUCCCCCAAUAUUAUUAACAUGUUUACUAUCCAAGGCAUACCCAAGCCAUUCUGCUCCUUGUUUUACUAUUUCUGUUCAGUGGCUGGAUGCUAUGAGGAUAUCUAGCUUGUGUAAAAUGUUGGAUACGAUUUGGACGGAUCAAUCAGGGCAGGAAAUUGUUUAUCCAUGGGCGGAUUGGAUACAGAAUUCAUCUCUCUCCUACUUAGAGUUUGGUAAUAGAAUACCGCUUACUGCAUCAUUUGGAAAAGUAGAUAAUGCUGGAGAUAGACGUGCCAUUUCGGAAAGUGUCUCUCCAGAUGUCGAUACACGAACCAGGUUUGUAAAAUUGCCGUGUAAGCAUUUCUUCUGUCGCAAUUGCAUGGUGACAUAUUCAACCAUGCAAGCAAAGGAAGGCGGGGCAAUACUAUGUCCGCAAAUAAAAUGCAGUGAACUAGUUCCUCCUGGUUUGAUUAAAAGCUUGCUUGGGGAUGAAACAUUUGAACAAUGGGAGUCACUAUUGUUUCAUAAGACACUUGAUUCAAUGUCUGAUAUAGUUUAUUGCCCUAGAUGUGAUAUGGCUUGUUUAGAGGACGAGGACCACCUCGCUCAAUGUACCGAGUGCUUCUUUACCUUCUGUAGUCGUUGUAGAGAUAAACUUCAUGUUGGAGUUCCAUGUAUGACACUAGAAGAGAAGCUUGAGUUCUUGCAGAAUCGUCAACCUGCACAGAGUGGUCAGCCUAUAAUGACUAAGCAACAGCUUAAAGAGCUGGACAGGAUUAGGAUAAAUGUGUAUGUUAAUGAGCAGGAAAUAAAGCGUAUUGCUAAAAAAUGCCCUAACUGCUCGAUGGCAAUUUUCAAAUGA